AUGGAGCCUUAUAUACCUUUCGCAUGGGAUGAUACAGACAAUGGUACUUGGGACAACGGUCAAGUAUUGUUCGGGCCAGCCGGACAAGAAGUUGAUACUUUGCAGGAUGCCCACAUGCAGUCUGAACCUCGAAAGAGAGCCUUUGAGAUGACUGGUCCAGGAAAUGCUAAGAGACAACGUCUCAUGAGAGAAGGAGAGGAACCCGCGCGUUCAGAAUCAACACUUCCUCCCAGCUUCCCUCAACCACAACCAGGCAGAAUGAAACCAGACAAGUCCGUUACCGAUGAAAGGGUACGCCGCAUGUUUUCUGCUCCUCCAAAACAGGAACGAGUCAAAGACUUUGAUACGUUCUUCUUGCAGCAAUACCCUCUGGACAGCUUGGCCCGUCCUUCUGGGUUGCCCUGGGCCUCUAAGGAACGUCAUGCUCCUGUGAAGAAACCUAGAGGACGACCGCGCAAAACUCCACCGGAUGAUACAAAGCAUGUCAACCCGCAGCGCCUGACAUACGCCCCGGGAAAGUUGCCACCACCACAACCAAUCCCAGACGGGUUGCUAUUGCCGAACGGAUACGAAAGUCAAAUUGAAACCACUAACGGUCAAGAUCACUUUCCUUUUGAACAAGAUUUCAGUGUUGCUAAACUGCCACAACAUCCAGAAGCGUAUGGGCCCGGGUUACCUGCCAUGAACGAGAUACCUUUCGACUUCAGAGCUGUCUCCUCUAUGAAGUAUUACAUGGCUAAGCAGAGACUUGAAAGGAAGCAUAGUAUCCUAGACGCUAUAGACGCCGUGACACAAGACACCCUCGCCGAGACGAACACAGGCAACGACGUCCUGGCACAAAGCAAAGAGAGCUUAGACAGCCAUGAAGAGACCUGGAACGGCCUCUCAUGGGGUGUCAAGUGGGUUAUUCUAUGGAUUCUCAACAAGACAAACCGUUUCGCAAAGAUUGUCACUUUGAUCUUGCACCUUGGACACCGUCAGGUCCAUGAAUUUAUUGAACAGUAUAUCCGCCAGUAUCUUUUCUGGGAAACUUGGAAAGAACAUGUUGAGCGGAUUCCGCAUGCUGCGCUUCUGGAGCAUGCACUGGAGAAGAGGCAAACUGUCGCUGAACUCCUACAGCAGUAUCGCCCUCUUCUUUACACCGAACAGAUAACUCGACAAGAUGAAGAAAAGGGGGCUGGUUUCUUAUUUAGUCUAGGCCAACCUGGAGUAGUCGAGGAAUUCAAAGCAUUGAUGAACGAGAAACUGACCGGCUUCUUACGACUGGACAUUGAGUGGGAUUUCAUUCAAGAGGUUAUUGACAAACAACAAAUUUUGGCUUCAGUCGGAUUGCGAUGGCUAAACCCUGAAGCAGUCGGGAGAGCCAUAAUGAGAUCCCUACCACAAGAGGAUAUGAAGCAAAAAUCUGGGCUAAGAAACCCCCUCACAAAGAUCACCCUUUUUGGUUCAACCAAAGAUGAUGGGCAGGAUUCGAAUAUGUCCCAGAAUGAGAGCGAACCGACCGAUAACGAUCAAACAUCACAAACAAACAAACAACCCGUCGCUGAAGCACGCGACGAAGAGGCAUACUCGGAAAGCCUUCCCUUUCCUGAAGCUCCUCUGCUGUCCCUCUUACCAGGACCGCAUGGUCGGCAGGCAAUACCCGCUCACCAGAAACUCCUGAAAGUUGCUAUACACAGGACAGCACCCGAGAGUUACGGAACCGUGCAAGGCGUUUUUGCAUCCAAGCUUGUAUCCACCCUUGUGGAAGAAGAGAGAGGUCCUCUCCCGAUUCCCUCUGCGUAUCGUCCUCGUGGCUUCCCCUUUUAUGCGAAACAUGUUCCGGGUAUUGCUGGCUAUAGCAAUGAAGACCUCGUUGGCGAGGUCCACCCAGGUACCACGAGUCAAAAUGGGGGCUUGACUGAUCGGCAAUUGAUGAGGCAUGAUGCUCUAAGCGCGAGAGGGAGAGCCUUCACUCAAAUUGCUGAGAGGCCAGCUACUCAAAACGGCCGAAACGGGACAGGACAUUAUCGAGAGUCGGGGCUGAAUCGUGUCAUCAACGCCCCUGUUGCCGAGCACACCGUUUCUGCCCCCUCGUCUGGUCGACUGAACGAACGGGAAGAACCGCCAACGCCAUCAAAGCAACUUCGACAGAUGCUUGAGAAGUAUAACGGCUUUCUCACUGAGACCAACCAAGAAGAAAAAAGCGCCUCUAGUGAUAGUGAUGACGAGGCUGCGAUGGACAUUAGCGAUAUUGCUCUCCCAGAACCCGAAAACGAUGAAGAGUACUGUCCAAAGAAGAAGUCAUCUAGGAAGCCACCGAAGAAGAAGGCCACUUCUGUCAGGAAGGUCGGCCGACCCAGGAAGGCGAGCAUCAAGAAAAAUGACACGACCCAAAAGAACGCUGAAGGGCUCCAAGGUCAUGGAGGUCAGAUUGGUGCUGGACUUGAGAGCAACACGCAAGACUCUUUCAAUGCCCAGAAGACUCCGACAAAGGAACACACUAGAGAUGGUCCACCCAGCAGCGGCCCUCCCUCCUCUAGCCGUAGGAAAAUCAUAAUCCGACAAUCCCAAACGCCCACCCCAGCCGAGCCCAGCAACCCAGAACCUGGAGUCACAAUACCUAGACAAGAUCAUCCUACUCCUACUCGCGCUACUAUCCCAAGAGCGAAGCACGCAGUUUCUGCCAAAUAUGCGACAUACGCUUCGAUGUCAACACACGCGCGCUUCGCCCAAACGGCCAUUCACAGCGCGAAAGGGGUUGCUGAUUUGACAACAAUUACACUUCCUAACAACGUUGCUGAUCCGAGUAAGCUCACUUUGGAGUUUUCAAAGAUCAAGCGAUGUGGAAAGCAAAAUGUUGACAGAGCUGAGUUUGCUUGGAAAGCGGAGAGGGCUGAAUUUGCAGGGACGGCAUUUGUGGCGGAGGAUGCAUUGCAAGUAUUGGGGAAGGAACAAGGUGAUGCGAAGGGUAUCUCUGAGUGA